UCGGGUUUACGAUCUCGUAACUGUGUCUCUCAGAAUCGUGAUAGCGAAAUCUCGUUAAAUGCGAUUCACCAAAGACCUCGUUAGCACUUGACGCACGGUUAAUGUAUUCUCUCGAAAUCUUACGCUCGUUCGCAGUUGAACAAAAUUCACUGACUGGUCACUCAGCCGUAUCAGUUAUCGCCGCCAUCGGGUCGAGCGUGUAUCGCUACUUUCUUUUUUGCAGCCUGCGUUUUGUUCAUAUAGCAGCGCCGUAAUCUAGACUGACGGAUACAUGGAAUGAAUACAAUAAAAUGAGUCAUGCUGAAACAUCCUCACUUUCGAUGCAAAUUUCUCAAGUCAAUUCAGGUGACACGUACGAAGGAUCAUCAAGUCCAAUAAUUGCAUCUUCGCAACCAUUUGCGUUUGCAGAACAUGAAGACCAAGGCACUGGGGGUGCGCUUCCAUACACUUCAUAUAUUGAAAGUGAAACUUCCUGUCAUGACCAUUCUGCAUCGUCUACAGUCAGCAGCAAAAGGAGCAAAAGAAAAAGAAGACGCUGCGAUGACGAGGCGAGUGACAUUGUCACAAUCCAAAGAGAAAUAAAAGAACUACUGCAUAGUUUGGUAGACUCUCACAAGAAAAUGGAAAAAAGUCUGGCAAAAAUUGCUGAAAAAUAUUGUGACUCGAAAAUAUAGUGACUCAAAAUUGUAGUACCUGUACCUUGUAUAUGGGGUGAUCCAUAAGUGGGCAGGCUGCCAAAAAACUUGAUUAAUACUGUCAAACUACAUUUGGUUCUCUCUGUACAUUUUUUCAUUUAGCCUGGAAUUUCAUUACAAUUCGCACGACUUUUUAUGCUGCCUGUUACUAUUGACCAAUACUCCAUCCCAUCUUUAAACUAUUAUCGUAAUGUGAACAGGUUUCUAAAUAUGGCACCA